CUGAUCACACCAGUGCUUUACUGAACUGGAGAUCCCACUGCGCUUUACUGCUCUCUAACUCAGCUCUACAACUCAACUCUACACCUUCACCAGCGGCUCUACUGCGAGUCGCUGGUGAUCCACACAACACCGUUCUGCUUUAACUGACUUUCAAUCAAAUACAGUUUUAUUGCAUCCGGAUCUACACCAACAGGUUUUUACACUUUGUACACCACACACUUUCAACCUCACACUUUCUACACCACACACCUUAUACACUUUUUACACCACACACUUUUACCACACCUACAUCUACACCAGCAGUAUCUUUAACAUCAUCAACAUGGCCAGCUCAUCGGAGCAGGUUCUUCAUCUCAUCCGUGAAGAGGAGGAGAAGAAGAAACGGGGAGAGAAGAGGACCAGGUCUGAGCUGUUCCCUGAAGAUCCUGCAGCUCAUGAAGAUCCAGCAGCUCCUGAAGAUCCAGCAGUGAAGAGGAGGAAGACGCAGACCUCGACCACUGUUUGUGUUCUUACGCACAGGACGGUCGUCAGGAACGUGUUUUGUUCUCAGCUGCUGAGGUUGGUAGGAGAGUUCUUGUGCCGCCGUUGUCGACUCCUCGCGGGUCUUCGUCCCACCGUUCCUCCGUUUUGGAUUCAGAACGUGGAUGUGUCGCUGACCGUGCUCGGAGCUCAGCAGCAGUCCUUCAUCUGCUCAGGCACCGUGGCCUUUCUCUACAUGCUGCUCCGUGACUCUGUCUCGGCAGAGGUGUCCAGCAUGGAGGAGCUGCGGGCGGUGCUCCUCUCCUGCCUGUAUGUAUCGUACGCAUACAUCGGCCAUGAGGUACACUAUCCAGCAUGGCCUUUCAUCAUGAAGACCGACAGGCAGACAUUUUGGAAGCGAACACUGGACAUCACCAAGCGCAUGAGCGGUAAAAUGCUCCACAUCAACACCUCUCCAGAUGUCUUCGCCAAGGUCAUUUCUGACCUGAAGAACAAGACAGACCUUUAAUUAGUAUUUUACAUUUUAAACCACAUAUUAGAAAACACUUAAUACUAUUAAAUAUUUACUAUUACUUCUAGGAAUAAGGACACCCAGUGUAGCAUAGCAAGAAAACUAAAUAGAUAAUUUACUAAAAAAAUAAUAAUUAUUAUAAGUAGUUCCGAAUUAAAUUACAUUUGCAGGGCACUUGAACAUAACUGGACCAGACUUGGGACAUUAGAAAGACAUGGACGAACUGAUUGGUACGCAGGGCAUGAAUCUUCUAAGCACGUUCAGCUGUUCAGUGAAGUGUCGCUAGCAACGGUUCUUAAAGCUGCAGUGUCUCUGGCUUCAUGUGUUUUGGAGGCGGCACAUGUUAGCUAGCCUUCACUGUUCCAGCUUGGUGGCAGCGUAUGUGUGAAGAAGAGACAUGGACAAAGAGGAAGACAGUGAUAGAAAAUGACUGAGGGACCGAGAUCAGGACAGGGACGGUAACACGGAUAAGAACAAGGACAGUAACGGGACGGGACACAUGCUGGAUAAUAGAAGUGGACCUGAGGACGAGACGUGAGCUAGAAAUCGGUGGAUCAGGUUUUGACAGGUGACUGGAAAGAGAAACUGGAUGGUGGACUGAAGACUGGACACAGUGGAUAAACAAUGGCUAUAUAUUUAUUUAUUAUCUAUAUAUUUAGUUUAGUGAUCUGGGGUGGGUUUCCCGAAAACGAUCAAUCUUAGCGAAUAACGAACGAACUAACGAAUGACGUGAGUAAAGAACGAGCCAGUUCUGCGAGUGUUUCCCAAAGAGCUUCGCAACGCGAAAAUUAACGAACGAGGUUAAAGAACGUCUUUGUUGACUCCUCCCCAAAAACAGCUCACUCAAUCGAUCCACAAAUAUCGAUUCAACAUUGCCAAUAUGCAGUAUUUAUUCACUAUUACACCCUAAAAACGUAGAAAUGUGUUGUAAUCAUCAAUAUUAUACAUAUUCUGAAAUUUAAAUUACAAAAGGAUGUACUUUGGCAUUAAUAAAAUACUCCUAAAGAUACAUAUGACUAAAUAAAUACUCGAAAAUCUAAUCUAUUAAAAAAAAUUAAACUUUUUUACUUUUUUAAAACUAUUAUUGUUAAUAUAU